UCCCACACAGAAGCAGAUGAUGACCGGAUAUUGUAUAACUUAAUUGUGGUUAGAGACAAACUGGACAAAGAUUCAGAGUUAUACAUCAUGUCCAAGUGGCCAAAUCUCUUUCCCUACUGAAAAGAUGGAGACAUACCUGCUGGAUGUUUCAGGUGGAGAAUGACCUAAGCCAAGGGUUUGGCAAAGAGAACUGCAGAAGACUUCAGUUUCAUACUUGGGUGGCUUAAUGAGAUUUUUAAAGAAACAGCUAGCAACAUGAAAAAUUCUGGCAACAGAGGUCUGGAUGGAGACAAGUGGAUCAAGAUGGAAAGCCAAUGAGGAGACGGGUGCAGCAAUCGAAUUUGCUUCCAGACGGGGCUUUAUACCACAAAUGGAUUGUGCAGUUUUGUACUACAAGGUUUUGCAGAAACCAGCAAGGGACCCUUCCAGUCCCCCUGCCUGGAGUCCUCAACAGUCAGUUUCUGACAAUAGGGUGGCCAAGCACAGCUGCAGAAGAACACCAUGUCAUUGCAGUGACAUGCUGGAAUUGCUCUGAAUGGCAAAAGCUGAACUAUGACAUCUAUACUCUACGCCAAAUGCGAAAGGAAGUGAGAAACAGGUGGAAACGCAUUUUGGAAGAUUUGGGUUUUCACAAGGAAGCAGAUACCCUGUUAUCAGUGACCAAACGAAGCAUUGUUAGUGACUCUCGGAAUAUGAGCAAAGCCUAUGAAAUCCUCUUGAAGCUGUCUGAGGAGACAACUAUUUUCCCGACAAGCUGGGAGCUUUCAGAGAGAUACCUUUUUGUGGUGGAUCGUCUCAUUGCCCUUGAUGCUGCUGAUGAAUUCUUUCGAAUUGCCAGUGUAACCUAUCCAAAGAGAAUGUGAACAGUGAAAGAUGAAGACAAUUCUUCUCUGUCGUAACACUGCUCUCCUUAGGAUGGAAAUAGACUUUUGCUUUUGAAGGGGUUGGUCAGAGUAAUCUGACUGCUUUCUCCAAAGAAACUAGCAUUGUCUUUGAAAUGCAGAAUGAAUUCAGGAUGAGGGACCUGUUGUACAGCAUGUAGCACGAUGCAGUAAAGACUCUGCUUGUCUCAGGGGAAAAUCUGUGAUGGGGGUGAUUGGACUCUGUUGUGAGCAUUGGUGCUAUACUAGGUGCUGGUGGUAGUCUUACAGCUGCAGUGAAUAUAAAAAGUGCUCUGUACAGAGCAUUGCUGCUUUAGAUAAAAUGGUUUUCUCUUUGACAACUCUGUACAAUUGUCUAUAUUUUCUGUAAGUGGCCAUUCCCCUGUGUUACUGUUUAAGUGGAAUUUUAAUAGAAAGUAAAAAGUUAACUACUACUUAAGUUCCUUCUCUCUUGGGAACACACCAUGGGUUGCGCCAGCAAAAACUCCUCAUAGCCUUCUAUGCAGUUAGAGAUUCUCUGUCUGGUAGAUGUGAGGGCCUCCUGUUCAUAACUCAACAUGGGCAGAAUGUUGUGAGUGCAAUCAACACAAACCUAGAGAUUACUUCCCAGCAGCAAAAGAGUCUUAUUCAGUCUUCAGUGGUAUUUUUUUAACAGGCAAAGAAGCAAGAAAACAAUUUCUGUUCCUUCCAAGCUGAUGCUUUUGCCUCAACUUUUAAAAAUCUGCUAUGGCCAUAUUGAGCUUCCCCAACCACGCAUGAAUCCAUUGUUCCACUAUGUAAAAUUCUUGUGUAAGCAUCUAUUUUAAGAUGUUGUACUGGAAAGCAUAUAUGUAAGCCUGAUUUUUGACCUAGAUCCUUGUGCAGUGGCUACUGAUUCCUGGUGCUUCCUCUGCUGCAAUUUAUAUUUUUAUCACAUGCAGAACUUGGACAUUUCGGUCUCCUUACAUUUUACUCAAAAUUGAGCUAUUCAGUAAUUGAGAGGCACAAUUUAUUUUUGCACUAGUGUCUAUUAUUCACCCAUCUUUACUGUUUGAAGGAAUGUGUUUAUUGAAAUCUACAUUGUGUUACAAAAGCUAAUGUUACAAAAGGUUUUACUAUGACCCAAAUAUAAUAUCUUGCUGUUUUUGUUCUGGUCAUGAGCAAUCAUUUUAAACUACAGAUGUGAUGAUGGCUCAUCACUUUUUAAAAACAAAAACAAAAAGCUGCUGCUCGCACCAGACGGCAUGAUAGUUUUUGGAGAUGCAGCAUACCGAACAAAAUGCCAAGAGGUAUUUUAAGUGUUUGUAUCAAUGAUGUUCAAUAAUUAUAUGAAUGUGUUUUUUGUCAUUUUUCCUAGGAAAAAACCUUGCUGUAUUGAUUCUAUACAUUUGUACCUUAAUUUAAUAAAUAAA